AUGAAUUCGUCUCCCAGACUAAGAAAAAUGCUUCUUUAUUAUUCGGCACAAAUAAAUAUUGUUAAAUGCAAUUACGAGAAGCAAAUAAAUGAAGUUUGGGUAGGAAAAAAAGUUCACAAAAAGAACGGCACUUCACAAGCUGAUGAAGUCUCUAAUGACUUCGCAAAAUUAAGCAUGGAAAAACAACAAAUUAAUUAG